AUGAUUCAAGUAGGUACAAACUUAGAUAUUACAGAUAAUUCCGGAGCACGUGUUGUAAAGUGUGUAAAAGUUUUAGACAAAACUAAACAGUCUAUCGGAUAUACGGGUACAUUAUGUAUAGUUUCGGUCAAAAGUUUAAUUAGAAAACAAAAAAGUAAAGUAAAAAAAGGACAUCUGUAUAAAGCAGUUGUAUGUGAAACAAAAAAAAUGGGAGGAAGAGCAGAUGGUAGUCAAAUGAGUUGUUCAAGAAAUACAGCUGUGUUACUAUCACCUCAACAAACUCCAUUAGGUUCACGUAUUCAAGGAAUUACUCCUUAUGAACUUCGUAUGAAAAAACAUACCAAACUUCUUUCAUUAUCAUUAGCAAAUGUUUAA